AUGAGCUCUCUACGCUGGGGUGGGCUCGGUGCCCUGCUGCUGCUGCUGAGGCUGCUCCCAGGCUGGGCCAGCCCCACCCUCAUCCGUGUUAACCGAGGGGUCAGGGUGAUGAAGGGCAGCUCCGCCUUCCUGUCUCAGGAUGACCUGAAGUUCGCCAUCCCCAAAGAGAAAGAUGCCUGCAAAGUGGAAGUUGUGAUGAAUGAACCAAUAACCCAGAGGGUUGGGAAACUCACUCCACAGGUCUUUGACUGCCAUUUCCUUCCCAAUGAAGUAAAGUAUACUCACAACGGUUGCCCAAUUCUUGAUGAAGACACAGUGAAGCUUAGACUUUACAGAUUGACUGAGACAGACACCUUCACGGAAACCUUUAUCCUGCGGGUCUAUCUCCUGGAACCAGACUGUAACGUCAUCCGUAUAAGUGACAAUGUACUGGAGGUGUCUGAAUUCUAUGGCCUGUCCCGAGCCAUUGAUAAAAACCUGCUCAGAUUUGAUUAUGAGAGGACGGCUAGUCUGGAGUGUACAGUCAGGCUGGACCCUGUGGGAACUCGGCUGCCAGCCCAUGGCCAGCUGGUUCUGGUGGAGCCCCGGCCGGAAGAACCUCGUGGAGAUCACCCACACAGUUUUUUCCCUGAGUCUCAACUGGGAACAGAACUGAAGUGUCCAGGUGGCAGAUGUCCCCUGGGACUGAAGAAAAUAGGAAGUCUCAAAGUGAGCUGUGAGGAAUUCUUGCUGUUGGGGCUUCGAUAUCAACAUCUGAGUCCCCCUUCUCCGCACAUUGAUUACAUCUCCAUCCGACUGGACCUCACAGAUAGCAGGAGUAAAAUCAUAUACAAGUCAGAGAGUGUGUGGUUACCCGUCUAUAUGAGAGCUGGCAUCCCUAAUCAGAUUCCAAGGGCUGCAUUCAUGGCCAUGUUUAUUCUGGAAGUGGAUCAGUUCAUCCUGACCUCUUUGACUACAUCAGUUCUGGACUGUGAAGAGGAUGAGACCCCCAAACCCUUGCUGGUGUUCAACAUUACUAAAGCCCCGCUCCAAGGCUAUGUGACUCACCUGUGGGAUCACACCAGACCGGUGUCCUCCUUCACCUGGAAAGACCUAAGUGACAUGCAAAUUGCCUAUCAGCCACCAAACAGCAGCCAUUCUGAGAGGAGACAUUAUGAGGUGGAGUUGGAAGUGUAUGACUUCUUCUUUGAAAGGAGUGCACCUAUUACCGUCCACAUCUCCAUCAGAACAGCAGACACAAAUGCCCCGAGAGUGUCCUGGAACACAGGUCUGAAUCUCCUAGAGGGACAGUCUCGGGCCAUCACUUGGGAACAGUUUCAGAUUGUUGACAAUGAUGACAUUCAUGCUGUCCAGGUAGUCACUGGGGAUGGCCUGCAGCAUGGACAGCUUACUCUGAGAGGGGGGAAGGGGUUUCUCUUCACCGUGGCUGACCUUCAGGCUGGAGUCGUUCAAUAUCAUCAUGACGACAGUGACUCCACCAAAGACUUUGUGGUCUUCAGGAUAUUCGACGGCCAACACAGCAUCCGACAUAAGUUUCCCAUCAACAUCUUGCCCAAAGAUGAUAGUCCACCAUUCCUCAUAACCAAUGUUGUGAUUGAACUGGAGGAGGGGCAGACCAUACUGAUCCAAGGUUCCAAGCUGAGAGCUUCAGACAUGGACUCCAGUGAUGACUACAUCUUCUUUAAUAUCACGAAACCCCCGCAGGCUGGAGAGAUCAUGAAGAAGCCAGCACCAGGACUGAUAGGCUAUCCUGUCCCUGGCUUCCUUCAGAUGGAUCUGUUCAAUGGCAUCAUUUACUAUCGUCAUUUUGGUGGAGAAAUCUUUGAAGAUUCGUUUGAAUUUGUGCUGUGGGAUAGCCACGAACCUCCAAAUCUCUCAGAGCCACAGGUGGUGACAAUCCAUAUCACUCCAGUAGAUGACCAGCUUCCAAAAGAGGUUCCUGGAGUUUCUCGACAUUUGGUUGUUAAAGAAACGGAGGUGGCCUAUAUCACUAAGAAACAUCUACAUUUUGUAGAUACGGAAUCAUAUGACAGGGAGCUGCUCUACACAGUAACCACUCCUCCAUUUUUCUCCUCUAGCCUCAGACACUUGGAUGCUGGGAAAUUAUUCAUGGUAGACAGCAUACCAAGGCUAACCAAAAACCCUGCAGCUCCAGGGUUGAAGUCAUUCACUCAGCAUGCUGUGAACUAUAUGAAAGUGGCCUACAUGCCACCCAUGCAAGAUAUAGGCCCCCAUCCCCGACACGUCCAGUUUGCCUUUUCUGUCAGUAACCAGCACGGUGGCACUUUGUUCGGGAUCUGCUUUAACAUCACGAUUCUUCCGGUGGACAAUCAGGUCCCUGAGGUAUUUACCAACCCUCUGAGAGUGGCUGAGGGAAGUCAGUGUGUCAUCAGCACAGAGCAUGUCCUGGUUUCUGACGUGGACACCAAACUGGACAACAUCCACCUCUCCCUGCAGAGACAGCCUCAGCACGGAAGGGUGGAGCUGAAUGGAUUUCCUCUAAACACAGGGGCCAUAUUUUCUUGGGGAGACCUCCAGGCCUUAAAAGUUAGGUAUCAGCAUGAUGGAUCUGAGAUACUUCAGGAUGACAUACUACUGGAGGUCACAGAUGGCAUAAAUGCAGCAGAAUGUGUGCUAUACAUUGAGGUGUUCCCUGUAAAUGAUGAGCCACCGGUCCUAAAGGUAGACCUCAUUCCAAUGAUGCACUGCUCAGAGGGCGAAGAGGUGGUCAUUACCUCUGAAUACAUUUUUGCUACUGAUGUGGACAGUGAUGAUAUGAAACUGAUGUUCAUGAUUGUUCGAGAACCUCAGCAUGGGACAGUGAGGAAAGCUGGGGUCACAGUGCAUCAGUUUUCUCAGGGAGAUGUUAUGGCAGGGGCUGUGACGUACAAACACACAGGUGGUGAGAUUGGCCUGGUGCCCUGUUUUGACACCAUAACGUUGGUAGUUUCGGACACAGAAGCUGGCCCUUUUGUGAAUGGACCUCAUCCAUCUGUUCCUCUUCAUGAGUCCUUUCCAGUGUAUGAUCUCAACAUCACAGUGUAUCCGGUGGACAACCAAUCACCUUCAAUUGCAAUAGGUACCAUGUUCUUUGUAGAUGAGGGUUUCUCAGCAGCCCUUACUAUUAACCAUUUGUCUGCCACUGACCCCGACACUGCAGCAGAUGACUUGGAAUUUGUUUUGGUUUCUCCUCCCCAGUUCGGCUACCUUGAAAACACACUACCUUCUGCAGGUUUUGAAAAAAGCAAUAUGGGCAUCAGCAUAGCUUCGUUUCAGUGGAAAGACAUGAAGGCUUUACACAUUAACUAUGUGCAGUCCAGGCAUCUGAGGAUGGAACCAACAGCCGACCGGUUCAUGGUGUAUGUCACUGAUGGGAAACGACGCUCCUUGGAGAUACCAUUUUACAUUAUAAUCAACCCCACAAAUGAUGAAGCUCCUGAUUUUAUAGUGCGGAAUAUUACUGUGUAUGAGGGUCAGAUGAGAGAGCUGGAUUCUUCCAUCAUUAAUGCUAUUGACCAGGACAUUCCCAAGGACCCCUUGCUGUUCAGCGUCACUCAGAAGCCACGUCAUGGCCUCCUCAUCAACGGGGUGUUUAGCAAAGACUUGCCUCAGUAUAAGCAAUCACCCAACCCUGGCCAGAAGCAUGAAGUUGUUUACAACUUUUCCAUGGAGCUUCUCAAGAAUGGAAUGAGGUUGAUGUAUUUGCAUGAUGACUCAGAGAGCCUUGCUGAUGACUUUACAAUCCAGUUGUCGGAUGGGAAACAUAAGAUACUUAAAACCAUUUCUGUAGAGGUCACCCCAGUUAAUGAUGAGAAACCAGUGCUGAGCAAGAAAGCUGAAAUUACAGUGAAUAUGGGUGAAACUCGUAUUAUUUCUAGUGCAGUUCUCUCAGCCAUAGAUGAAGACUCACCCAGGGAGAAGAUUUACUACUUAUUUGAAAGGCUUCCCCAAAAUGGGCAACUUCAGUUUAAGAUAGGGAGGGACUGGGUCCCUCUCCAUCCUGGCAUGAAAUGCACUCAGGAAGAAGUGGAUCUGAACUUGCUGAGAUACACACACACUGGCGCAUUGGAUUCCCAGAACCGAGACAGCUUCACCUUCUACCUCUGGGACGGUGACAAUAGGUCCCCUGCAUUUGACUGUCAGAUCACCAUCAAGGAUAUGGGAAAAGGUGAUAUUGUCAUCCGGGCAAAGCCACUUUUGGUGUCUAAAGGUGACAGAGGUUUCCUGAUGACCACCACCCUCCUUGCUGUGGACGGAACAGACAAGCCUGAGGAACUUCUCUACAUCAUCACCUCCCCACCGCGAUAUGGCCAGGUCGAAUACGUGCACUAUCCUGGGGUCCCCAUUACAAGCUUCAGCCAAAUGGACAUAGCAGGACAGAUAGUCUGCUACGUACACAAGAGCACAGCAGCUGCCCACAGGGACACGUUCAGAUUCAUCGUGAGCAAUGGACUGCAGACCAAGCCUGGGGUGUUUGAGAUCACACUGGAGACUGUGGACACAGCAUUACCUGUGGUGACCAGGAACAAGGGGCUGAGAUUGGCUGAAGGGGCCACAGGCCUCCUCUCCCCUGACCUCCUUCAGCUGACCGACCCUGACACUCCAGCGGAGAACCUCACCUUCCUUUUGGCCCAGCUUCCACGACACGGCCAGCUCUACCUGCGGGGGACAGUGCCGCUUCCACACAGUUUCACUCAGCUGGACGUGGACAGCGGGCAUGUGACCUACAGGCACUUGGGAGGACACUCUCCUACCGACCGCUUUACUUUUGUGGCCACGGAUGGGACAAACCAAGGCUUUCUUGUGGAUGGAAGAAGGUGGCAAGAACCUGUUUCGUUCACCAUCCAGGUGGACCAGGUGAACAAAGCAGCCCCCCACAUCACACAUUCGCAUUCCCCUUCUCAAGUGGGGCUCCUGAAAAAUGGUUGUUACGGGAUUUACAUCACUUCCCAUGUGUUGAAGGCAUCGGACCCUGACACUGAUGACAAUCAGAUCAUCUUUAAGAUUUUACGAGGCCCCCAACAUGGACAUCUGGAGAAUACAACAACAGGUGAAUUUAUCCAUGAGAAAUUUAGCCAAAAGGACUUAAACAGUAAGACCAUUCUUUACAUCAUAAACCCAUCUUUGGAAGUAAAUUCAGAUACCGUGGAAUUUCAAGUCAUGGACCCCACAGGGAACUCUGCCACUCCUCAAAUCUUGGAACUGAAGUGGUCUCGUAUCGAGUGGUCACAGACUGAAUAUGAGGUCUGUGAGAAUGUGGGCGUAUUGCCCUUGGAAAUUACCAGAAAGGGAUAUUCCAUGGACUCGGCCUUUGUGAGUGUAAAGGUCAACCAAGUGUCGGCUACAGCUGGAAAGGAUUUCACUGUGACUCCAUCUAAGCUGAUUCAGUUUGACCCAGGAAUGUCAACUAAGAUGUGGAAUAUAGCAAUUACCUAUGACGGAUUAGAGGAAGAUGAUGAGGUCUUUGAAGUAAUUCUGAACUCCCCCGUGAAUGCGGUUCUUGGCACAAAGACAAAAACUGCAGUGAAAAUUUUGGACUCAAAAGGAGGACAGUGCCAUCCUUCAUAUGCCUUCAAUGCAAACAUGCCCAAUGCAUGGGAGAAGGGCAUUUGGAGCCUGCUCUCCCCAGGGGCUUCCUCACGCACCACUUCUGGUUCCUUUCAUCCGGAAAGAAGACCCCUUCCAUCUUCCAAGCAGCUAGCAGUCGCCAGGGGAGACACCCUGCGGGACUUUGACUCUGAAGAUCUUUCUCUAAUGAAGCUUAGGACCCAAGCAAAUGGCAAAAGAGUCCAUCCAUCCUCUGUUUAUAGAAAUGGAACAGACAUCAUCUACAAUUAUCAUGGAAUGAUUUCCCUGAAACUGGAGGAUGACAGUUCCUCAACUCACAGAAGUAAGGCCAAAGUAUCCAUUGUUAGUCAGCCGCAAAAGACAAUCAAAGUGGCAGAACUGACUCAAGCAGAUAAGGAGGAAUCCACAACCGGCUCACACUUCCCCCAACAGGACCGUUUGCCCUCAUUUCCAAAGAACUGCACACUGGAAUUAAAGGGACUCUUCCACUUUGAAGAAAGCCUCCAAAAGCUGUAUAAGUGCAAUGGAAUUGCCUGGAAAUCUUGGAGCCCUCACACCAAGGUGGAAGAUAAAUCAUGCCCAGCUGGGUGGCACCAUCACUUAGGCUACUGCCACUCCUUGAUCACAGAGCAGAAGGGCACCUGGAUCAUAGCCGCCCAAGCUUGCAGGGAACAUCACCUGGGCAGCCUUGUAACUGUCCUCUCCAGGCAGCAUAUGCAAUGGCUUUGGGACAUCAGUGGAAGAAAGCCCUUUUGGAUAGGUUUGAAUGACCAAGUGCAUGCUGGCCACUGGGAGUGGAUCGGCGGUGAACCUGUGACCUUCACCAACUGGAGGAGAGGGCCUCCUCAACGUUCAAAGCCUGGCAAGAACUGUGUUUUGGUUCAAAGACAAGGAAAAUGGCAAACAAAGGACUGUAAGAAGGGCAAAUCUCACAAUUAUAUGUGCUCCAGGAAACUCUAA